AUGUCAGUGCUCCAGUUGAUUUCAGAGGUUUCGGACUCUAAGGCCGCCCAAGUGCUUCUUUAUGCCGCUUUGAUUACUGGCGUUUACAAAAUCACCACUUUCUCGUUGGCCCUUGCCGCGUUGCUCGCCGACGCGUUUGUUCUUCCUCCAACGAACUUUGCCAAGUACGGUGCCAAGUCAGGAAAAUGGGCCGUGGUCACGGGCGCAUCUGAUGGAAUUGGAAAGGAAUACGCUUUGCAAUUGGCUGCCAAAGGCUUAAAUGUCGUGUUGGUGUCGCGGACAUUGGCCAAGUUGGAAAGCCUUGCCAGCGAGAUUGAAGAAAAACACAAGGUGCAGACGGCCAUUGUGGCCUUUGACGCUUCCGAGGACAAGGAGGAAAACUACCGUCAGCUCAGAGAAACCAUUGCCGACUUGGCUGUGACUGUUUUGGUCAACAAUGUUGGCCAAUCGCACUCGAUUCCUGUGCCAUUCUUGGAAACUGACCCUAAGGAGUUGACGGACAUUGUCACCAUCAACAACCUAGUCACGUUGAAAAUCACUCAGACAGUGGUGCCAGUCAUUUCAAAGACCGUGAAAUCCGACAGGAAAGCACGCGGCUUGGUUUUGACCAUGGGCUCUUUUGGUGGCUUGUUGCCUACCCCUUACUUGGCCACCUACUCUGGAUCGAAGGCGUUCUUGCAACAGUGGUCUGCUGCUUUGGCUGGUGAGUUGAAGCCGGAAGGAAUUGAUGUCGAGCUUGUCAUUUCGUACCUUGUGACUUCAGCCAUGUCCAAGAUCAGAAGAACGAGUGCUACAAUUCCAAACGCCAAGCAGUUUGUGCGUGCCACUUUGAAAAGCGUGGGUAAACGUGUGGGUGCCCAAGAUCGUUACGCUACUUCAACCCCAUACUGGUCUCAUGCGUUGAUGCAUUUUUUCAUUGAAAACACUGUGGGUGUCUAUUCGAGUGUGGCCAACAAGCUUAACUUCGACAUGCACAAGAGCAUUCGCGUGAGAGCAUUGAAGAAGGCUGCGAGAGCAAAGAAGGAGUAA